CUCCCAUAGUCCUCCGUCAUUCCGAGUCACGUGACUGUUGCGCUCGUGGAGGUCGCGGCGAAAGUAAGAGUUGACGACGUAUUCAAUUUUAGCGAAAAUGUCGCAUGCUACUAUCGUAAGAUCGCUUUCGCUGCAGGUCCUCCGCCAGAACAAGAAUUUUGUGUCCUUGUUCAGUGUUCGCCAAGGAUCUUCAGCAUCAUCUACGAACCUGAAAGAAGUUUUGGCUGCCAUCAUUCCAGAAAAGCAACAGGAAGUAGCAGAAUUUCGCAAAAAGCAUGGCAAAACUAAAGUUGGAGAAGUUACAGUUGAUAUGAUGUAUGGUGGAAUGCGUGGUAUCAAAGGCCUUGUAACAGAGACAUCUGUGUUGGAUCCUGACGAAGGCAUACGGUUCCGUGGCUAUAGCAUACCAGAGUGCCAAAAGCUGCUGCCUAAAGCCCCUGGAGGUGAAGAACCCCUUCCAGAAGGUCUGUUUUGGCUCUUGCUUACAGGCAAGAUUCCAACACAGCAACAGGCGGCUGCCGUCACCAAGGAAUGGAAUCAACGUGCUUCAUUGCCCAACCAUGUUAUCACCAUGCUGCAUAACUUCCCCAGCAACCUCCACCCCAUGUCACAGUUUAGUGCUGCAAUUACAGCCCUUAAUUCAGAAAGCAAAUUUGCCAAGGCUUACAGUGAGGGAGUAAAUAAAAAAUUGUAUUGGGAGUACACUUAUGAAGAUUCCAUGGAUCUCAUUGCCAAACUGCCAACGGUGGCUGCUAUAAUAUACCGUAACCUGUACCGAGAUGGAACAAGUGUCUGCCCUAUUGACACCAACAAGGAUUGGAGUGCAAAUUUUGCUGCCAUGCUGGGCUAUGAUAACCCAGAGUUCACAGAGCUGUUGCGUUUGUAUCUGACCAUUCACAGCGACCAUGAAGGUGGCAAUGUCAGUGCUCAUACUUGUCAUUUAGUGGGAAGUGCUCUUUCUGAUCCUUACCUAUCUUUUGCUGCUGGCAUGAAUGGUCUUGCAGGUCCUUUGCAUGGUCUAGCAAACCAGGAAGUGCUUGUAUGGGUCACAAAACUGCGGGAAACACUUGGUGGUGAUGUAACAGAUGAGCAACUCCGUAACUUUAUCUGGAACACGCUCAAGUCAGGGCAGGUGGUGCCUGGAUAUGGCCAUGCUGUAUUACGCAAAACUGAUCCACGGUACAUUUGCCAGCAGGAGUUUGCUAAAAAGCAUCUACCCAAUGACCCAUUGUUUAAACUUGUAGCUCAGCUUUACAAAGUGGUACCAGACAUCCUCAUAGAGCAGGGAAAAGCCAAGAACCCAUGGCCCAAUGUUGAUGCUCACAGUGGCGUCUUGCUUCAGUACUAUGGAAUGAAAGAAAUGAACUACUACACAGUACUUUUUGGUGUGUCUCGUGCUCUGGGAGUGCUGUCAUCACUGAUAUGGGAUCGGGCUUUAGGCCUGCCCAUCGAGCGACCCAAAUCCUUUGACACAAUCAAUCUUCGCAAGGCUGUUGGUGAUGCGUAGAUGCAUGACAUCUUGUCAACAACCUAUCUGGCAUCAACUACAUCAUGCUGAGCCAUAGAACUUUCCAGACUUAAUAGCUGCUCAUGUAUAACUGAAGGAGCUUACAGAUUACAGCAGGUGGAAAUUGUCUCUUUUUUUUUUUAACCUGUCGUUUGAAACCUAGCAUUCAUUGGCAGCAUAGAAGUGAGCAACAUUGAAAGAUAUGCUUCAAAUGAAGUACUAACUUAACAGAUUUUAAUGUGGUGAGGAUUUUUUCUUUCCUCACAAAGUAUUUUUUAAAAAAAGGCAUUCUAAUUUCAGGAUUUAUUUUAAAUUGGGGUUUUUAGCAUUUCGUUAAUGGUGAUAAAAUUGAGCUGUAAGCAUCUUUGACCUUUGUUGUGACCUUUAUUUAUUAGUAAGAUUAUAUCAAAAAUAACUUUAAAAGGAUAAGAAAAUUUUUUUUGACAAAUGUUAACCCAGAUUUCAGUUUGUUUUCUGAUCUUUGUUUUCCUUGUCAUUGUGUGCAGACUUGUAAAUAUAUUUGAGUUGUCUAGACAAUGACUUUUUUUUUUUUUGGUUGCAUAAUUUCUCCACUGUCACUUGUCACUCUAAAAGAUAAAAGCUGAUAUUUUAAAAUGUUAUCUGGUUCUUCUAACCCAUGAUUUCAGCCAUGGCAUGUUUUUUUGUUUGGGUUUUUUUAUGAUAUGACAAGGCAUGCACUGUUUGCAUGUCCAAAUAUUUUGUUUUUGUUGUACUGGAAAGUGCAUUUCUAACUUAAUUUUAAAAAGGAGCAACAGUAAAGCAAAAGCAACAAAAGUUUAUCAAUUGAAGAUAAACAUACAUCACUCUGACCUGCUUAUCUAUUUUCUUCUUUUUUUUUUUUUUUUUGUCUUGUCUAGUGAAUAAUAGAACACUGUAUAGAUACUAGAAUCAUAAUUUUGUCACUACAUCUAAGCCACUGUUCAUGGAGGACUGUGCUGUGCCAUUUCAAAAUGUGCUUUGGAAACUUGAUGUUUUCUGCACAGCUAGUUGAAAGAAGAGACCUUAAGUGUUAUGAAACAGACAGGUGAUCACAAUUUAAGCAAAGGCUUCCUCCCAUCACUACAAUUUGCUGCUUUGUGCAUCAUAAAUGACAUCUGAUUUAUACCCCAAAACUUUUUAAGAUUACAAGAACAGAAGGGAAGGAAUAGUGUGAAGAUUUCAAAUUUUGGUUUUAAAAGGAAAUUUGUAUGUAUGCAUGUGCGUUUAGUGAUUUUAUGUAGACAUAUCAGUUAAUAUCUACUUGCCCCAUGUAAGUUGAUACAGUCCAUGGUAUGGUGAUGAGAAAGUUUUGGUAAGAAUGCAUGUGUACAAAGACCUUUUUUUUUUUCAAGGAGAGGUGUCUUGGCUAUUAAAAAAUUAGUAAAAGUUUGUGUGGGAAAGCUUUGAGUGUAAAGUGUUGAAGUGACAAUUUGAGCUACUUUUGAAAAUGGGGCAAAGUCCUUGAACAGUGGCAUCUAAUACUCUGUAGUGAUCUUGUGUGCUUGUAGGAGUUUCUUUGACAAAACAUCCCAGAACAUCUUGUGCAUAAAUGUAUUCUGAUUUCUAUUUAUUGCUUACAAAGGGGAAUUCUUCAUUCAUAUGAGCACUUACAGAAAAGCCACCAAUAUGCAGAAGUUCUCUCAAGUAGCCAGUUUACUGUUAGCUUUCAUACAUAUUCUCAGCUUUUUUCAAUAAUGAAAUAGCACCUGUCAAGCUAUGCACCAGUCUGUCCAUCUCUAGAUUACACAUCACAGUUUCAGUUUUGGAAAAGGUGUUAGGAACCAAACAAUGUAUUUGCAGACUCGUCACUGGUGGCAUUUUCCAGUUAGUGUGCUCACAGCUGCAUAUUUUUUACACAGAAAAAAAUGGGCCCAUAUCUUUUGAGACAUGACCAUUUUAAUAAUUGCUCCUGUUUUUACCUUUGUGUGGAUGUGUCUGCGAACUGUAUCAUGCUGGUAGUGGAAGUUUGGUAUGGAAAUAUGUCAGAACCUUUGUAGGCUGUAAAGCAGUGCUGCUUUCUUGGUCUGAAAAUGGUGCACAUUAGUGACACUAAAGUACCAUGAAAGUUUUUUGCAAUUAAGACAAGAUGGCAAAUCAAAGGAGGACACAACCUCAAUGUGCUAAUUGUUUUUAUAAAUGGCACACAGAGAAAUGGAGGAAUAUCUCAAUUUUUUGGAAUACCUCAUCUGACUAACCUCCCCAACCCAGACUGGAUGACUGGAUCGAUCAACGGAUCAUUGAUACUGAUAAAUGGCAUGCUCAAAGCAUUUCAGAUUAUAUCAGUUUGCGUUGGUUUAAGGCUUGUUAUGAUUAUUCUGUGCAUUUACGAAGUAGAUUGCAUCAAAAGAGAUGUGCUUCGUUUGGUGGACAUGUUGUUUGCUGGUUUUAUACAAUCACGAGAGAGAUAUCUGCAUUCUGAAGGGCAACAGUGAUAAAUUGUUGCACAUUUUUGUCUGCAUGGCUUAUCAUCAUACUAGAAAAGCCACUGUGGCGGGUUUAAAGCUCAACUUCAAAACCAAAAUUAAUGUACUGGAAUGCAGACAUCUGAAACAUUUUUUCAAGUCAAUUCUAGAGCAUAGAAAGAACACUUCUAGAAAGUUUUUUUGAGUUCUGUGAUUUACAGUUAUUGGAAUUGAACUCAAAGUUUAAUACUCAGGCAGGAUAUGGCUUAAUGGUGAGACUUAAAGAAAACAUUUUUUAUGGCCAUCUGAGUUGACAGCAUAGUAUUUACCCCCUUUGUAUAGACUACAUUUUAGAACUAAGUGCCCUUUACAUCAUAUUCGUUAAGGUGGUUUCCAGGAGAGAUUUUGACUGUCAGCUAGGCAGAUGUGCCAUGCUCAUUGUAUUUUCUUGGAAUUUUGAUUGCACAUGAAUCAUAUUCUGGGUAUAGUCGUGCUAAUUACGAGAAUAAAAAUAGAAAACAUUUA